CCUUUCCCGCCUCCCGCAUCAUGGCGGCGGCGGUGGUGGAGGCGCUGGGCCGGCUGUGGCGGGUGGAGGCCCCGCUGGGCCGCGGCUCCUCGGCCACCGUCUUCCAGGCUCGCUGCCUCAGCCACCCCGGCGCUCCUCCGGCCGCCGUCAAGGCCUUCCUCCCGCCGGGCGCUGGGCUGCCGGCUUCCGAGGCCUACAGUUUCCGCAAGGAGCGCGCCGCCCUGGAGGAGCUGAGGGGCCACCGCAACAUCGUGACCCUCUAUGGUGUGUUCUCCAACUGCUCCUCUCUCAGAGGUCCCUCAUACUGCCUUUUAUUGGAGUUGCUGGAUGUCAGUGUGUCAGAACUGCUUGUGUAUUCCAGUCAGCAAGGCUGCUCCAUGUGGGUCACCCAGCACUGUGCCAAAGACAUUCUGGAAGCCUUGGACUUCCUUCACCACAAAGGCUAUGUGCAUGCAGACCUGAAGCCACGCAACAUCCUCUGGAGUGCAAAGGAGGAAUGUUUCAAGCUCAUUGACUUUGGACUCAGCUUCAAGGAAGGGAAUCAGGAUGUCAAAUAUAUUCAGACAGAUGGGUAUCGGGCUCCUGAAGCUGAGUUGCAGAACUACCUGUCCAAGACAGGUAUACAAGGGGGAAUUGAAUGUACGUCUGCUGUAGAUCUCUGGAGUCUUGGCGUAGUAUUACUGGAGAUGUUCUCAGGAAUGAAACUGAAACAGAUUGUCCAAUGCCCAGAAUGGAGGGCAAAUAAUUCUGCCAUUAUUGAUCAUAUUUUUGCCAGCAAAAGAAGAGUAAAUUCUGCCAUCCCAGCCUAUCACCUCAGAGACCUCCUCAAAAGCAUGCUUCAUAAUGACCAAGAAAAAAGAGCUUCUGCUGCGAUGGCCUUGUGCAGUCCUUUCUUCAGCAUUCCUUUUGCCCCCCACACUGAAGAUCUGGUGAUGCUUCCAAGUCCUGUGUUAAGGCUUCUGAAUAUUUUGAAUGAUGCUUCUUUUCAAAGUGAAGAAGAAUUUGAAGAUAUCAUCGAUGACAUAAAAGAAGAGUGUAGCAAGUAUGGGCAGAUUGUUUCCCUGUUUGUUCCUAAGGAAAGUCCAGGCAAAGGUCAUGUUUUUGUAGAAUAUACAAAUGCUGGUGAUUCCAAAGCUGCUCAGCAGGCACUUUCUGGGAAGAGAUUCGAUGGCAAGUUUGUUGUGACUACAUUUUACCCACUGAGUGCCUACAAGCGGGGAUACCUUUACCAGACCGUGUUUUAGUCUCCAGUGGCUGCAGUCAGAAGAAGCGCAUUUAGGCAAAGCAGCCUAAUUUUGCUUGAGUGAGAUGAGAUUCAUCUGUGCCUUGCAGGAAAGGCCCAAGUGUUUUUUAUUUAUUUAUUUAUUUUGCAGCAUACAAAAGCUGCCUCCAUCUGUUGCCUUUGGUUUAUUGUGCUAAUCAGAAUAACAUGAUAUGGAUUUCUUAGAUGUAAAGCCAAACAAAAGCUUAAUGUGAAAAAAGAGAAUGUAUGACAGUGAAUUCUGAACCACCAUGCGCUGAAAGAUUAGGGUGUGGGGGAAGUUAUAGUCAACAUCAGUAGAGCUCCUCAUGGUGGCAGAGAAACAGUGGAAUUUGCUUUGCCUGGUACAGAGAAGACCAAGACUACCAGUUGGAUUUCUAUAGUUUCACAUGUGAAGACAU